ACAAAACAUGCGAUCGUCCGAUUGAAAACCCACUUGAAGGUCCAGGCUACUCCGCCAAAAUUAGCCGCAAAGUAAUGGUACUAGGAAGACCGCGCGGAGCUUGAAAAUAUAGAAUUUUCAGUUUAGUAAACUUAUGAGYCWAUUUUCCUUGAUUURCGCMKUUUUUAGCCCAUUUUGUCGCUAUGUUUUGUAAAUCCAUCUCUAUAUAUACUAGAAYUYCAAAUAUUCGAGUAUUUGAGCGUGUUUUCAGAGUAGGGAUAUUACAUUUCUGCCAAAUGUCUAGUCAAGAAAGCGAGCCCUACAAUGGCAAAAAGCUCCAAGUUAUAGCUGAAAAGUGGACAAAAAAACUUAAAAAAUACGGUGUACCAGAAGCAGAACUAUCGGUAAAGUAUAUUAUGGAAAAGGCUUUAGAUAUGUCAGGUACUAAUGAUGAGAACAAACUUAAACUGCUGUACAAUACACAAGUGUCAUCGUCACAAGAAAACAGCAUCAAUGAAAUGUGUACACGCAGAUUAAAUAGGGAACCCAUCCAGUACAUAGUUGGUGAYUGGGACUUCCGUCACAUGACAUUAUUGAUGAAACCUCCAGUGUUUAUACCAAGACCAGAAACAGAGGUUCACAUUAUACUUUAUAAAAAGCAYAUCAUAAAAGUAUCCUGUGUUGCUAUCGAUACCAAUGCUGAUGCUGUUGCCCUCACAAAACAGAAUGCCGCAAGAUAUGAUUUACAAGACCGCAUCACUGUUUGCAAUGCUGACAUAGGUCAUUUUUUCACCAGUACCAAGUUUGAUGCCAUCAUAUCCAAUCCUCCUUACAUYCCCAGACAAGAUAUGGAUGAUCUUCAGCCUGAAGUAAAGAGAUAUGAAGACCAGAGAGCCCUGUGUGGAGGUGAAGAUGGAAUGGAUGUCAUCAAAACAAUAUUUACAGCAUCAUCAUUCCUAUUAAAACCUCAUGGUUCAAUAUGGCUUGAAAUGGACCUUUCCCACCCUCCCUUAGUAAGAAAAUGGCUCCAAGACCACCCAUCCCUUGGUCUGAAACUAAACAAGUUUUACAAUGACUUCACUGGCAGGACUCGGUUUUGUCACGUGAUUUCCCAGAAUUCUUCAAACCAGCACUGACGUCACUACAUCAAAGAAAAAGAGCAAGAAGGGCAGGGCUCGCGGGGCUYGAGGAACGCAGGGAAAGAAUCGAGUGGUACCAGAGUGAUUCAAGUCAUCUUAACACCCACGCUGUCAGCUCGAAAAUAUCCAAUUCCAAAUCUAUUACUCAUCGUGGACAGGAGUGGGUUUAAAAGCCUGGCAGCCGUUGAUUUAGGAAGUUAAAUUGUGAAACGUUGUGGACGUUGUGAAGGUCGAUUGUUGUACCACAAGUCUACGGAUGGUAAUCAAAGAUACAGAGAACAUGAGCAAUCGUGUUGAGAACGAUGAAGAAGCUACGCAAGAGUCCUCUACGGAUAAUGAAGCACCCGUGAAACGAAAGCGUGGCAGACCUAGAAAGCCUGUUGAAGAGAAACCCGCACCAGAUCCCGCUGAUGGUCCCGUUAUUAAAAGAAAACGAGGAAGACCAAAGGGAUCUAAAAAUAAGAAUCCCAAGCCCAAACCAGAAAAAACCGGUUCACCGCGCCCGAGAGGCCGACCACGAAAGUGGCCCGCUCCGGAUGCUAAUACUCCAAAGAGAGGGCGAGGAAGACCGAAAAAGGAUUCAGGCGCAGGAUUACCGACAAUGGUCGACCAAGAAUCAUCUGAUUCGAUGGGAAACAUUACCCAUGAUCCCGUACCGCCCGAUGAGAUGUUCUCCGACUAAGUUUUGCAUACGAUCAAACGUUCGAAAGGUCUGUGUGAUUUUUAGAGUUGUUCCGAGUGACGAUGUACAGUAGAAUGGUUUACGAGAUAUAGAAUGGAAAGACCCGAAGUGAUUUGUCUUCAGGUGUGAUUGGCGUAAGAAAGUCGUUGCUAUUGUACAACUAGUUUAAAAACUUUGACAGCUAAAAGUCCUUGAUCCUUGACUCUCUCAUUGAGAUGUGAGAAAAAUGAUCAAAUUCAUUCAAAAAUCAAUAGUAUAGUAUAUUAAUCUUGAAUACUUUGAAGUAAGAAGCCAUUAUUAAGAUAACAGUUAUAUGAUAUACUGUCAGUCAAUCCAGUUUUGAAGACAACAUCACACAGUUAAUGCCAUGGACUGUAUAUACUUGAAAGCAUAUUUUAUGAAGUUAAAAUCACUUUGAAUUAUACCUCAUCUUGCGCUCUUCUCAUGAUCCAUAGUGGACGUGGAUCUUUUCUAGCGACAAGGUUUUUAAACUAGCUGUACUUCAGAUCAUGUAUGAAAACAUACGUAUUGUAUCAUAGAAUGUUUUUACCGAUGAAAAAUCGUUCAUACAUUAGCAUAUUUUAGCAUAUAUUAGUCUAAGAACACAAUCACGUCACACCGUCAGCCAUGAAUCAAACGGACAAAAGACUAAGGAGUUUGAUUUACGGUGUGUUGUGUUGUGAUAGUUAGGGCUUAGUUUUAUACAGUGUUGUUUUGUUUUUGUGUAGUUUUCGGUGAGAAAGAACCCGUUGUUUCCUUGAAAAAAACCCGUACAUGACGUGAUAAACUUAUGCUGAAGCCAAUACGUGAGAAAACUCAGUUAUUUUGGCCAGCUGUCUUGCAAAAGAUAUCCUUUAUUGAUACGAACACCUAGUCGGUGUCAAUGGGUGCAUUUUAUCGUGGUACGAGUUCAAAGGCAAACGGUUCUCCACCAAAAGAGAAAGGAUCUUCCACCAAACAGGGGAUUCGGUAGAACGAGUUAUAAUUCUCGUUUUGUAUGAUCUUUAGUUAAUAUUUCAACUCUAUAGGUAUGGUACUUUUGUACCAUUUUAUUGCGAAUCACUCUAAAACUGCCCUGUAUAGCAAAGCUAAAUUUCGUAGUUUACGCCAAUUAGAAAUUGACGACUCCAUGUUUUUUUCCCAGUAAUGCAUUGCGUCACCAUGAAGAAACUUUGUACAGUUUUUAGAGUGAUUUGAAUUUGUAUUUAAAAGUGCUUCAUACUGUGUUAACUUUAUUUUUAUUUUUGGAUAUUUGUGAGAAGAGAAGUAUUUAGAUUAUAUAAUGUGUAUUGUUUCUGUUAUUUGAAAGUGAAAGAAAUAAGUUUUAAUUACAUUUAAAACAAAUAUAGGCAAAUCUAAGUAUAACAAUUUUACUAUAGGUUCCUGUUUGCUGGAUAAUAUACCGGUUUUAACUAGUUUAGCCAGUUUGAUUUAAUAGAUAAGGAUAAGAAAGCAAUUAGGUUAUUUUUUUGAUUUAUAGUCAACGACUGCGCAAAUUUGUGCUUCAUCCGAGACUCCGUUCCGCAAAUGUUCCGUACGGAUUGAUACGUUUUCGUGGCGUGUUUGCAUUGUUCUCCAAUUGUGGCAACUAAGAACAAGACAAAAACAGCACAAAUUCGUAUUGGUGUUUACUGAGCAGUUUUCAAUGACAGUGAAAACAUUCUAGACCCGCGCUCAUUUGUGCAGUCGUAUUUCAGUUGCAAUCUCAUUCCCAGAGUUCCUCGGAUUUUGAUUUUGUGUGCCCUGGUAACGAUUCAGUAAAGAUUGUCAUUGAGAAUGCCGGAACUCCGGGAGCAAGGUCUCUCGACCAAUGAGAUUACGUGAACCAAGUAAGUUGUAUCAGCAUUGUAAUAACGUUCAAUUGCAACAGUUUUUUGUAAUCUAUAAAGGCUCUAGUCUUCGUCACAACCUAUCCUUCUAACGGGAUCCCUGUGCUACCACAGGAAGCCCGCAAGAAGAACCGGCUGCGAAGGAGGCUAGGAUUGUCUGUAGUUGCAACUUUGUUCCCCAGGGAACAUGUUUUGACAUUACCUCUAUAUAUAGUCACUAUAUAUCUACAUGUCUGUUCCUAUUGGAAUAUCAUUAAUUAAGCUGAUCAAAUAAACUAGAGAAUUUGAUAUUCA